AUGGACGACAAAGCGGCCGUUGCAGCCGCACUCCAGAAGCGUGAUGUAGAAAGUCUUGGCAAACCUCGGUAUGAAAAGGUUUACUUGGUGUUUACUGGCGCUGCGGAUCGAAAUAAGAUAGCCGAAGGAAUGUCACAGUAUUUACAGCGCGCAGAGAAGCAUAAUCCUGCCUUGCCGGCCGAUUGGAGGAAGCGAACGGAAUGGUUCCAAACGCAGACCAACGUGAUGGGAAAAGCCGUUGCCCAUGAACGUUGGUACAAGGACCUCAGCCCAGGCCGGAAUCUUCCAGUGGCUACAGGAAAAACCUUGCUUGCAUCAAUCGCCAAAACUGCAAGUCAAAAGCCUUCUAUCGACAUUUUCCAGCUUGCUCCAUGCAGAGACACAGAUGUUUGGGACUUCAUAAACAUGUUACCAAACAUCAAUGUCUACCACCUCUUCUAUGGAUACAACUCCCGUCAAGGAUCUGCGUACGAGGGCAUGAAGCCUGCAGAAAGCUUGGCCCUGGCUGAGAGACAAGCCAAUUUUCAUGCAACACUCCAGCAACAUCUCCAGACUAAGCACCCGAUUGCUCGGUUAAUCUUUACCCAAAAUGUUCCAACAUUCUCGAACCCUGGAGCUGGCUCUCAGUCCCUUGCUUGGUGCAAGCGAUACUUCCCCGAAACAGAUAUUAAAAUGUCUCUUCGUGACCCUUUCUGGACCAGCCUUAUCAAAGAAGCCAAUCCAUAUGCUGCCAAGGAGGUACAGCUGAAGAACAUACCAGCCGACGAGGACGAGUUUCUCAACCUGGUUGUCAACGCCCGCUUAGACGACAAUAAUUUCCGCAAAAGCGUUCACGCCAUGCUUGAGAGUGCCGCUAGAAGCGAGACCUUCAAGGAACAUUCCCAAAGAUCCCACUAUCGUGUGGCGAAUAUAUUAGUGGGGGAGUUCGCUGGAGAGCCUGCGCCGACAUUAGAAUUAGGCGACGCUAACCAUAUAACUGCUGUUUUGGAAUACCUUGAUACCGAGAUGAGAGGCGCUCGAGGUAGAAGUGCAGGCAAACUCCAACCUGCUAGUUGCGAUAAGAGUGGCAAGGACCCCAGGCAGCCUCCAAACGUGAUAAUCGGGACUAGACCAAGCAAUAGCGGCUGGGUUCUUACGGGGUGUGAUGUUACACAAACUCGUAAUAAUAUAGAGCGAUUACUUCAACAAAGGUAA